AUGUCUGAAUUCAAUUCGGGAGGCGAGGACUUGUCCUUGCCCAAGGCCACGGUGCAGAAACUUAUCGGAGAGAUAUUGCCAAAAGAUAUAGCCAUUUCCAAGGAGGCGAGAGAAGCGGUGACAGAAUUGUCCAUAGAAUUUAUCAUGAUACUAUCAUCACAACUGAACGAGAUUGCCGAGAAGGAGGCGAAAAAAACCAUAGCAAGUGACCACGUGGUGAAGGCAUUGGAAGAGCUUGGGUUCCACAACUACUUGGAUAUAAUAAAUCGUGUACUCGACGAACACAAAGAACUUCUCAAGGGUAAAGAGAAAAAGAAUAACAAGUUUCAAAAUUCGGGACUUUCAGAAGAAGAACUUCUUAGGCAGCAAGAGGAGUUGUUCAAGAAGUCCAGAGACAGAUUGCAAAACCGCUAA